AUGGGCUCGGCACAGAUCACCGAAGCCCUCGCCUCGUUGUCCCAAUCCUCCCGCAUCCUCUCCUCCCUCUCCUUCGCACCCCUCGCCGUCCUCCCUCAAACAGUCCUCUCAUCCGAAGACGCGUUCGAGACGCACCUCAUACGCGAUGCAGCACCUCACGAACUCGCACUCUUCGAACCGAACGACCCGACGAACGAUCCCGUCAUUGCGGUGGAUGCGUUUGAGGGGGCAGGGAUCGAGGGGGAGAGGUGGGUCGCGGCGAAGCGGGCCGGGCCGAAGAGGGCGGGCGGAGUAGUCGGGCGACCUAGUCCCCUGAAGGAGAGGAGGGCGACGACGGCGAGGGGAGGAGGAGCGACGGACCCGGACCGCUGUUUGAGGGCCGCAAAGAAGCUCCUCGACGUCUACACGAUGCCUCGCGCACAGGAACACGUCGAAGCUCUCCACUCGCAAUGGGCCGGCAUAAUCGACACCAUCUCGUCCCUCGAAGACACCCUGCGCCGGCCCCCCUCCCGCUCCGCCCCCCAACCCUCCCACGACUCGUCCUACUUCCGCCAACUCGAGCUCGAGGACCUGAUCAAGCGUGAAAAGUUGGAGGUGUUCGCGUUGGAGCAGUUGAAGGCGGAGAAGGAGGCCGAGCUCGCAGCCCUCUCCCCUCCCUCGCCCUCCUCUCGCCCCUCUGCACCCUCCACAUCCGCAUCGUCCACACGCCCCGACACCGCACAGGACGGCAAACCUACCCGCCGCGUCCCCUCAGUCGUCGCCCGCGCCCGAGGCGGUCUCGCGCAGCCCUCCUCCACCUCUCGACGCUCUCUCUCUAGCUCUCCUCAGGUGGGAAAGAACGACAACAAGCUCGAGGAAUCGACUAUCGCCUCUCAGCUUCCCCCGCCCGACUCGCUCACAAGAACCGGUGUCAACGUCGCGCUCCCUUCCUCGCCUGCGCGUAGGCCUAUCGGCGCGCGCGAGAAACGUGUUAGUUUGGUUGGAGCCGGGAGGGCGCGGACGAGUUUGGGGAGGAAGUCGUUGGGAUUUGCGGGGGCGGUGCCUCCUACGGAACAGGGACAGGUGGAUGCGAAGCAGGAAGAUACCGAAGCGGAGGGGGAGAAGACUCCCACCAGACCCCUUCCCUCCGUCCCAUCCCCACACCGUUUCCCACCGCAGGUCACGCAGCAACAAGUGGAUAUUGCCGUCAAGGCUGUUUGGGCGGGGUUGGGGCUUGGGGGGUGGAAGGCGCGGUGGGAGAGGGAGGGGCGCGAGGGAGGGGCGGGGGAGAAGGAAGAGGAGUGGAGGGAGACGAUCGCCAUCUUGCGCUACGGAAUCUCCUCCUCGCUCGCUGCCGCCUCUGCCGCCUCCUCGAACGGCCCGUCCUCGCCUUCUUCGCAUUCAAUCACCUCCUUCUCGACCUCUACAACAGGCGGUGACUCCUCCGAUCCCUCCAACGCCAGCCCAACACCCUGGACGCCCUCCCAAAUCGUCGAAGCACAACUGUGCAACCUCCUCCUCUCUUCAAUCUGCGGCGUUCCCCUCCCCUCCUCCCCGUCUUCCUCCUCCCUCCCAGCACUCACGCUCAUAUUCCGCGACUCCGUCCUCCCCGUCCCUUCAACCUCUCCUCACCUCCCCUUCACCGCACUCAAGUCUCACCUCGGGCACUUUGCGCGCGCACAGGAGUGGACGGAAGAGAUGGGUACUACGGCGGUUUAUUCGCUUGUGGGGAGGCAGGUGGUCAAGAUUGAUCGGAGGGGGAGGGAGGGCGCGGCGGUGAGGUUUGAGAGGGGGCAGGAGUAG